AUGGGGACUCCCACCGGAAAGAAAGACAACACUGAUGAAACGAACAAUUCUCUCGGGCCUAUCAAUCAAAUGAUGGCAACUUCUCAGCUUGGGGGAAGGCAUCAUGGCGAUGCAUCAUCAGUUGUGAACAAUGUUGUCACUGCGACAAACACUCAGACUGUCGCUGGAAUUGGGGUGGAAGACCCGUUUCUCGAUACAUCCACUUCACAAGCCUACCAGCCUGUCACUGAGGUCAGCUAUAUGAGUGACAUUGAUCAGCACAUCGAUCCAUUUCUUUUCAAUUCACUAGCCACUGGUGCGGACUCUCACAACCUCUUCGAUGACACAGAGACCACUCAAUUCGUCGAUUUGUUGCUAUCUGCUAUUGGCGAUGGUACCUCUGCAGAUCUAACUCUGAUGGAUGCUUCCGCCAACAACGUGAACCAAGCCGUCGUGCCAACUAUCGACCAAUUUCCUGACCAACAAUCAACAGCCAACAACUUUGUGCAAAACAUGGUGCCAUCUUCACCAGAAGUAUCCGUUUCAACAUUCAAGGCUACCAGCGUUUCUGCGGACAAAUCCAACGGCUCACAAUUGAAAUCCUCGCCCAUUGAUGCCACCCAUUCUGCUCCGGCAAAGCUGGAUAGAUUCUUCGACAUUAAGGUGAAGAUACAGCAUACACCAGAGCUUCCUGAUUUUCAUUCCAUCCUUGUCCAAGCACCAAAUCAGGAAGGUAAAUCGUCAAAGAAGAGAAAGCACAGCACUUCCAGUAUCAGUGAAAUAUCCGUCCUCUUCGAAGGUUCACCAAUGCAAAACAAUCCAGUCGACAAGUCUCUUGCGAGUCCUUUUCGAUACGCUGCUCCUCUAUCUGGAAGAGGAAACAACACUGCCGAGGACGGAUUGGAUAUUCUUGAAUGGUCUCCAGCAGAGGCUGAUCAAACUCAACCACCUCCUAAGAACAAUGUCUCCCCUAUUCAAGCCUCAGGAAGUGGCCCACCUGCAAGACGCAAUGUGCCUAUUCCAUUUCAUGGCAGGAUGUCCUCUUCGUCGUCUUCUCCGACCUCAUCCACCCCUCAUAAGGCGUUAGACAACAAUAAACAUCUGGCCGCCACUGAACCACCACCAAAGCGUGCCCGAACCAGGUCGAUGUACAUGAAAGAUGCUCUGGCAAACAUACCUGUGCAGCAAGAUGGUCAAAGCUACAGUUCGUUCUCAUCCAGUGCACGUCCUCCUCUGUCUGCGCACUUCAGUGAGUCAGGAACCCCCCCUGACUUCAAGUGGCUUGACCGUGCAAUCACAGAUCCAGAACCUCCUCCGUCUCUACUUCGUCGACAGACUGGGUACGAUUUCCCGGUUCCUCCCGUUUCGGGAGUUUUGGCUAUCGGUGAUGAUGCCCGAGAACCUCGUCCGACUUCUGAUGAUUUCAAGUGGUAUGGAAUGGUGGGCGAAGGAAACUGUUCAUCUCAAGUUCCACCGCAUCAUCUUUGUCUGGCUCAAAGCUCGGUCCAUGAUGGAAGUCAAGUUUUAGGUGAGGCUCAACCUCAGGCCCAGGCUCGGAUUCAAGUCCAGGGCCAAACACAAUCUUCAAUUCAGGGUGAGUGUCAGACAUCAGCCCCAAAGGCGCGCCAAAUACUGUCGACGCCGGCCUCCCAGCAACAACCAUCGACUCCGCGAUGCCCCAGCACGCGGCAAAAAUUUUCGACACCACGCCUCUCAAAGACAGGGCCAGCAACAACCCCAACUCGUGCUCCACGUCGAUACACCCUUCGAAACCAGGACCGUGUCACCGGCGAUGUCGUUAAUAGCGCGUCGACUCCAAGAUCUGUUUCAGUCCAAGCGUGGCCGUAUCACCUUACAACUACAUCUUCGGACCCUUUUGCUGCUAAUCAAGGUACAAACGUCGGCUUUAGCCUGAUUCAAGCCGCAGCACCUGGAACCUUCCUGAACGUCGCUGGGGUUGAGGCGCGAACCGCAGAAAUUCUCAACAGGGUGGGUACGGCCGCCAUCGAUUUCGAUCCAAAUACUCCCAUUGAAAACACUAAUGUGGGUCCCCUACCUGAUCUUUUCAACGCCAAUGUGCUGCGGAACGCUGCUUUGGGGUUGACGAAUUCCUCCAGCAGUAUCGCGUUUGGUGCUGAUCCUGGCAUGGUCGGUACGAUGGGUGAAAAUAGCGAUUUCGGUCUCUCAAAUUCGCGUCAAAUGGGCCCUUUUCCGCCUGAUUCUAUGUCUGCGGCGCCUUCUGCUGGCCAGACUGCCACUUCGCCUGGAUCUGGAUCUACUCCUAUUGCUGGUUCUGUGGGUGAACAUGGAAUCGUAAAUGCAGUUGUUGUGACGAAUACAAGCAAUUCAAACUUUGACGGUGGCAACGACAAUUUCGACAUGGAUAUGAACAACAUGAACAACGUGACGUUGGAUAUGGAUUUUGACUGGGAGGCAGCAUUGGACGCCAACAAGGAGUUAGAUCCCCAGGACUGGGGGGUUUGA